CACUGUUCUAUUUUCAAAUCAAGCUUUGUAUAGUGAGGUAUACAGCUGUUGAUCAAUUUAAGGGUGAACGUAGAUGAAGUUGAGUUUGCUCGGUUCUUUAUUGUGUAAGGAUAUGGAACUAAGUAAACCGUAUUUCUACAUGAAUAUUUCUGAGGAAUACUAAGCACAUUAACACCAGUUGAUUGAAAUAUAUUAAAAAUGUGUAAAUUCAUAAAAAUGAAAAUACUUUUGUGACAUAUUUCAUAGCAUAGCAAAGGGCGAUUAUCAAGUGUUUUUGUUUUUUUUGGAUUUACUGAUCUACAAAAGACAUUGUGAACAUAGGGGGAAAUAUGUGAACAUAAGGGGAAAUUAAAAAGGAUUAUAUGAAUUUGUUAUAUGAUGUAAGAAUAAAUCUGAGUUCUAAUCCGAUUCCUUAAGGUCAACUUACAAUAUGUAUAAGCAAGUUAAAAUUGAACAUAAACGAGUAUUUGAACUUCUUGAAAAAAUGCGGGAUCAAUGUUUAUUAAAAGGUGUUGGUGGAUUAAAAUCACUAGCUGUUGUUUUCAGAAGAAUGGAUACUGACUUUUCAAAGUGUUUGUGCUAUCAAGAGUUUGAAGAAGGAUUGAAAUUAUAUGGUGUUCAAUUUGAUAAAAGUGAUCUUCGAAUGUUAUUUGAUUCAUUUGACAGGGAUAGAAAUAAACGAAUAGAUUUUCUGGAGCUAAUUGCUAAACUCAGACCUCCUAUGUCAAAACUUAGAACCGAUGUCAUAAACGAAGCAUUUGAUUUGUUAGAUGCAAAUAAAGAUGGUGUUUUAAAAUUGGAAGAUUUGAAGAUCGUCUAUUCUACAAACGCUAGAAGACAUCCAAAGUUUGUAUCCGGUGAAUGGACUGAAGAACAGGUGCUACGGAACUUCUUGGACAGUAUUGAUACACCUGGAAAUCCAGAUGGUAAAGUAACACGUGAAGAAUUCAUGAACUAUUAUGCUGGUGUCAGUUCAACAGUUGAUGAUGACAGCUAUUUUGAUCUUAUGAUGCGGGCGUGCUAUGGUUUGCCAAACAGAGGAUCGUGACAUUAACAAAGAAACAUAAAUGUUUACCCAUUUUCAAUAUAAAAAUUUGGAACUAUUUCUAGAACAAAAAUGGAAAUUCAUAUUUACUAAUUGUUUAAAUUUAUAUAGAAAUAUUUUCAUUAGUCUUGAUUGUAAAUAAUUUAUAUAUUUAUAAGCGUAAUAUCCAUAUCUAAAUAUUGUUUUUGAAAUAGUUGUUUGAGUCAAUUAUUCCUUAAUAAUUACUGUAACAAUCUUGCAAUGCAAUUAGAUACUUUAAAAUGAUGUAUUGAACUAUGUUUAAUAUGUUAAACAAAAGAAAACUUAUCGUUCUAUUGUAAAAAAAGUUUAACUUAAUUCUUUUCAGUCCUGUACUACUUUAUUAUAUUGUCUAAAGCAAAAAAAGCAAAUAUUCCGCAUUCCUUAACUUCAUCCAGGUGUAAAUGGAUACACGUGGGGACUGGCCAACA